AUGUCCACUCUGAAGGUCAAGGUCAAGGUCAAGAUGGUAGGAAGCCGCUUUGAUUGCUUCCCUUCAGCUCAGUCGGAGGACUCGGAGGGCGUAGCCAUCAUGCUGGGUGUGUGCAAUAGCGGCCUGCUGGUCUACAGAGACAGACUGAGGAUCAACAGAUUCUCCUGGCCCAAGAUCCUGAAGAUCUCGUACAAAAGGAACAACUUCUACAUCAAGAUCCGCCCUGGGGAGUUUGACCAGUUUGAGUCCACGAUCGGUUUUAAGUUGCUGAACCACAGAGCAGCUAAACGCCUUUGGAAGGUGUGUGUGGAGCAUCACUCCUUCUUCAGGUUGCUGUCUCCAGAGGAGACCCCCAAGAAGGUCCUGUCUCUGGGCUCAAAGUUCCGUUACAGCGGUCGGACUCAGAUCCAGUGCCGCAGAGCAAGUGCUCAGAUCUCCAGACCUGCACCCCAGUUCCCGCGAUGCAUCAGUAAGAGGAACAUGCUGAGCCGCAGCCUGGAUGGAGCUUCCAGGGCCACACCCACAUACUCUCUGAUUGGCUCUCCAGCCAUCUCAUCUUCCCCUAAAGCCAACGGGGGUUCUCACUCAGACAUGGGAACGGGGCUGUACGGAGCAUCUAAAGCCAUCGCCGUCAGUGACCUCAUCACCUCGGUGACCCCAGAGAGGAGAACAGAGGAGAGGACGGUGGAACAAGUUGAGGAAGUGCUGGUGGUUCAGGAGAAGAUCGAGGAGGAGGAGGAAGAGGAGCAGACCAGAGCCACAGAAGUUUCUCAGCAGAGUCCACCAACUCCCCAAAAACAGGAAACAAAGACUGAGAUGACUGACACGGCAGUGGAAGGAGAGCUGACGGCCACAGAGUCUGAUCAGGAUGAAGAUCUAAAGACUCAGGAGACACUGGGGAGUCCAGAGGAGGAGCAGAAAGCUGAGAGCACCAUCAGUGCUCUGAGACGCUCCUUCCUGGAGGGAGGAGGGGCAGGAGGGGGAGAGAUGACCGAGUGGGAGAAACGCCUCGCCUCCUCACCGCUACGACGAGUCGAUGACGCCCCAAUGAUCGAGCCGCUGGAGCCAGAGGAGGUGGGCGGGGCUAUAUCAAACCAGUCUUCUCCUCAGCCAAUGAAAGAGAAGAGCUACACUGUCGGGCGGAGCUACGACACAGCCUCUGGUAGGGUGAUCACCAUGACGAUUGACAACGAUGGCUCUGAUGUUACCAUGACAACAGGAAGUUUUGACUUGCCAAGGCAAGUCAGAAUCAUCCCCCUGUCCCCCACUGAUGAUGUCAUCACAGGGCAACCACUGAAGAUUCUGACCCCUCCUCUCGAGGCUUCGCCGGGGUUUGGUGAUGUCAUCAGUGAUGUCAUCGGCGUGUCAGGCAUUUCAGGGGGCGGAGCCAGAAGCCUAGACCUCCUCGGGGCCAGGGCCUCCCUAUCUGCUCCUAAAUCCCCAUUGGAGGAGCUCAACCUUAGCCCCUCCCUCUCUCCGAGUCACCUGACAGGCAGGACAUCGCCCUCCAUGGUCAGAGUGCCAAAGCCAACGUUUGAGGAAAUGUCUCCUGAACUGACCGCUCUGCUCCGCUCAGCCAGAGAACAGCAAACGUUCAGAGAACACAACCUGCUGAAGACGUCUGAAAAAGUGGAAAAGGUCUUCCUGAUGACGGAGCCAUGUGACCCGGAACAGCCAAUGGUGGACCAGCCUCAGGAGGUCCCAGUAAUGAGGAAGACUCUGACCUAUGAAGCCCCAGGGAGCCGACCCGAUCCUGAUUCUCCUGCAGGUCUGCUGCUGAGCUCCCAGACCUUCACCGCAGAGACCUCCAACACCAGCACCACCACGCACAUCACCAAGAUGGUGAAAGGAGGAAUUUCAGAGACUAGGAUUGAGAAGAGAAUCGUGAUUUCAGGAGACACAGAAAUCGACCACGACGAGGCUUUGGCAGCUGCGCUCAGCGAGGCGCGGCGAGAGCAUCCUGAGCUCGCUGUCACUCGUGUGGUCGUCCAUAAAGAAACUGAAGUGUCAUCUGAUCAGGUCAUUGAUUAGUGACGUCACAGGACUGACUCUGCAGGCACUGAUGCAUCAUGGGAGCUGUAGUUCAUACUACAUUUCAAGACACUGUUUGACACCUCAAGGACAUAUGGAAUUUUGGAUGCAUACACAUAAACAUGCAUGCUCACGUUCUCCCACAUUCAACACACAACAUACACAAACACACAGUGGCACCGUCUGUCUGACUGGAGGGGUGGGGCCAGAGUUAGCCUCAGUUAGCAUUAGCAUUAUAAUAACAUUAGGUUUAGUUAAAAGCUUCACUUUAUGUUACACCACAUCACAAGUUGGAGACUGCAGGGGGUGCCGUAAGGCAGCUGGACAGUCUCACAUGCACCAAAAUGAGCCCCACUGAUUGGUUAACAUGGAUGUUAACGAUUGGUCUGUUAACAUUGCUUUUAUUCUGAAAGUCUUGGGAAUCCACUUCCUGUCUGGAAGUCUGGCAUGAUAGCUAACCAAGUUGGACCUACUGUAUAGCAGCAGGAACUAGCUAUGUAUUUACCCAUAAUGCAAUGGUUCUGCGCCAUUCUGCCAUCUAGUUAUGAAUAAUUUUACCUUUCCUUGUCUGUAUUUAUUUGAUUUUUGAUUCUUUUCUCUGAUUGUUUGAUCUGAGUUCAGCUUUCAUCACUGACUGAUUGGCCAGUCCCCAUGAUAAAUAUAAAACAUCCAACCACCAAUAAAACGAUGAGUAGAAAAAAUAAGAUAUCCAUAUAUGGGCUAUAAACACUGAGAAAACUUAUUCAAAUGAAAUAUUAACUUUAGUUAACCCUAUGACUAAAAACCUGAUUCAUCCAAUCAGAAGAAUUUUCUCAUGAACAUGGGUUUAUUUUCUGUCAUUACAGCAGAGGGCGCUCUUUGUUCAUCCACGACACAAACACUCCCCACCCUUUUUACAGGUUAUUGUUUUACACAUCGACCAAAGUCCCGGUUUCAUUUUGCACUUUUACCUCCCCCAGGUGUGCUUUGUUAACCCCUCCCCUGAGAACCACGCCCCCUGGUGUCAUGUGACAUAAAUCCUUUUUUUCUUUGUGAUAAUUUCACACUGGCUGAAUGUAUCUCUACCCACUGAAUCCAAUA